AUGUCUUUCUUCAUGCGACCUAAUUCCUCCAUAGCAGGUAUUGGUGAGUUCUUCGAGAUGAUGUCGUCUUCCGAGGAGGAAGUAGGAUCUUCGGCUCCAAAGCCAAAGAAGGAUAAUAAGAGAAAAGGGUCCUCGAAGAUCGAGGACACUCAAAUCCAAGCAAAGACCGCUCGGAGCCGCAAGAAAAGUGCCAUCAUCAAUGUGGAUAUUGACUCAGUCCACCACUUCAUGGACGAUGAUGGUGACGAGAUGGAGGGUUCAACAUUAGUGACUCGAACUAGGAAAUCUCCCUGGGCUAUCAAACCUUCUGAGAUCGGGGCCCUUAGCCUCGAGGAAGGAACUUUAAAAGAAAAGAGGGAUGAAGGCCCUGCAUCACUUGACGUGGAUGCCGUUAGGGAUGCUCAGAACUUGAAGACGUCCAAGCUAGGUGGAGUCCCAAGUGAAAACAACCUUUGCCAGAGUUGUUUUGCUGGGGUCGAUGAGGCCAACCCAGCAGAUGUAUUCGAUAAAAUUAAGACCGAGCUACAUCAUUGUGAAGCCGAGUUACGUAGAGCUUCGAAUGAGGAAAAAACCCUUAGGCUUCUCCUUGACAAAAAGGAGGAAGAACUGAAGCAUCUUCGACCAGAGUUGACCAAAGCUCGUGAAUACGAGAAUGAGUUAGAAAAGCAGGUAACUUUUGUUCUGAAAAAAUACGGGCUACCUCUCCCGUCUUUGGAGGCUCAUACUUCAAUAUCUCAACUACAACAAAAGCUAGAUAUGACUGGGCAGCUUCGGGGCGAGGUAGAUCAAGUUCGAGCCGAGUGCAAUAAUUGGAAGGCGAAGAUGGACACCCUCGUUGUGGAUAAAAAUGAUGCACUGUCAAAGGUAUCAUCCCUCGAGGUUCAACUUCGGAAUGCUCAAGGGAGCAACUUGGUUCAGGCUGGUAGAAUAGCCGAGCUCGAGGAUGGUGUUGCGAAUGCCAAGGCCGAAGUUGUGGAAGCCCGAGCCGAAGCCAGAGAAAUACAAACCAAGGACGACAGGAUGAUAGAGCAUGCUAAGGUAGAUGAGGCUGAUGCCAAAUUUGUCCUUUCCUCCGAUGAUGAUGAUCACGUUGAAGAUGAUGAAGAGGAGGGGGUUUCCAAAGAAGCUACCCCUAGGAAAGAGGCUGGUCCCAAGGGAGUUACAGAAAGGAAAGGAGUUUCCUUGAUUGUUUGCCUUCAAUUUUUCUUUGACGUUUUCUUGAUUUUUGAUGCUAUAAUCUCUGAGCGUUGA